UUGGUUACAAUUCCCGAUGUAAACAAUUCUCGGCAUGUAAUCGUUUGAUCACGUUUGAUUGACGAAUCUUUUGACGACAUCCUGAUAUCUUUUGAUAGAAAACAAGUAGUUCAAAUAUUGUGCUCUAAAAAUAAAAGCACAAGAGAAUCGUGGGAUGAUAACGAAUAAACGUUUCUGUUUGGCGGAGAUUGAAGUACAGCAUCGCAAUCUUCGUUCGUUCCAAUGAGUUCGGAUCAACAGGUAGCGGAUACCGGCUCUCGAUUGCCCACUGUGUAUGACCAGAAGUAUAUAAAUUACGUGGAAAACGUGCUGAAGGAAGCAGCCGACGAUUUUGAGAGAGAGAAAAAAUUUUCUGAUCAAAAUCUAUUAAAACUAUAUAAGCUAUUUGAUGGAACGUUUGAAAGAGCAUUAGAUUUAUACGAGCAACGACGAGUGACACAAAUUUCCACUACUAAUGCAAUUAUAACAGAGCCAUGCAAGAGUGCUAAUGAGGCCAGCUGGUUGAUGCAAGUUAAGGGACAUUCUGGAGCAUUGUACACACUUUUUCCAGAAGUAAAUUAUUGUACAUGCGCCGCUUUUAGGUAUAUCCAUGUGAAUAAAUUAUCUGAAAACAGUGCAAGUAUUGUCUUCUAAAAUUUUACAUAUUGAAAUAAAGACCGUUUCCA